AUGCAGCCUGGCUCUAGUUCCAACGACGGUCUCACUGCCGAAGAACUCGGGCGUCUCUUGGAGUGGGUUGUCCAGAAGAGUCCGUCCCCUGCGUUCAAAGGUUUAUCCAAAGACCUCCCUCCAUGGUUCCUCGUCGUUGAGGAGGCCGCACAGAGUGCAAAAAUUCCACUUCAAAAAAGGGCGGACAUUGCCAUUUACCUGCUCAAGUCCCAAGAGUUGAAAGAUUUCAUGCAAGGGCGCAAGGCACUAUACCGUGAAAUUUCUGGACGAAAACACUGGAACUGGGAUGACUUCAAACAGGACAUCAAGGGUAUCAUGGCCGCUGCCCACGCCCAUGCCCAAGGCGGCCAGGGAUCAGGCUCAACUUUCCUCAGAGCAGCUGGGACAGUCCUCGCUAUCGGUGGUGCAACAGUACUGUUCCCCGCCGUUGGUAUCCUGGGCUUGAAUGCCCUCGGAUUUGGAGCGGGAGGUGUGGUUGGAGGAAGUAUUGCAGCGACCAUACAGUCCAUCUUCUAUGGUGGCGCCACAACGGGGCUCUUCUCGAUCCUGCAAUCCAUUGGUGCGACCGCCGCUGCUCCCACUGUGGGGUCUAUGAUUGCCUCAGCCUCUGCAGUUGGAGCUGGUGCGGUCAUGGUUUCUGGGUCGUCUGAAGAGCCCGAUGGUGAUGAGGAAGAGGAGUCUAGUGGUGAUGACAGUGCAGAUGUCCAGGGUCCGCCUCCUUACGCCUAAGAUGCUUGCACAUACGCAUACUUACCUUUCUUGACUCCUCGAAAUUCACCUUACAAGAGAUCCGGGUUCAGGUUACGCGCAUCCUUUUAAAUUUCCUCUCGUUGUUUGUUCAGCUCGAGGUCGAUUUACAUAAAUGUUCUGGGGAUCCGUUUCGUUACUAGCCAAAGGUUCACGCUUGUUUUUAUUCGUUUGUAGCGUUGUUUAGCUGUAAUCUUAGCAGCCUUCCACCUCCCUC